AUGUGGCAAAACUUGUUGAUGCACCUGCUCCUGCUCGCCUCGAUUCCACUGUUCACAUCCGGCUACCAAGUACUUCAUCUCGCCGACUUCCAUUUGGACAUUGACUAUUCCGUUCACGGAAACAAUCAGAAGAUGUGCCACGAGGACGGUGAGCAGAGGAACGAGACACUCGGAGAGUAUGGGGACUACAUGUGCGAUGCACCAAAGGUACGUCACUCUGGAGAGAUCCGACGUGCUGUUCUGCUGAAACGAAAGGAUUUCAGCCUCUAGUUCAGCAUGCGAUCGACGAGUCCGCCCGUCUGUUCCCCAAUCCGGAUCUGAUAAUUUGGACUGGAGACAAUGUUGCACACAUCGAAGGAUACGGAUGGGAAGGUUCGACUUUUUCACUUUUCUUCAUGAUUAAUGUGAUGACACUUUCCGAGGUAAUCUGCUGAUCUUUCGGUAAAUGGCCAAGGAUUUAAUGAAAAGGCAUGCUCUAAUUUCGAUGCAAACCUCUGAAACCAUGAGAAAAGAUCUUCUGAAAGUUCGCUAAACUUGAAAAUGAAUCCACGUAGGUCCUAUUCCGGGAAGGUCUAGUUCUGAAACUUCCGAACUUUGGUGUUCUCCCAUCGUCACUCGCACAUCCUGUUUAUAUUUCAGUCGUGCUCGACGUGGUCAACCAAACAACUUCGCUUCUUUUCUCCAGGUACACCACCCAUUUUCCUCUCCGUGUUUCUUAAAGCGAUUUGCCACCACUCUAAUCCCUCCCGUUAUCACGUUUCUUCGUUUCUCGUGAGAGCGGAAGGAGGACAGAGACAAACUGAAACUGAUGAAACUGAUAGUGCUCGAAAGACGAGGGAAAUGUUUCAGAUUCCCGAACCAGACGAUUCUGCCCACCUUCGGCAAUCACGACUACGCGCCGUCCAACGGAUUCGAGUCGGAAUCGAGUCUCUACCUGAAGACGUGGGAUCUUUGGAAGGAGAAGCUCGGCGAUCAGAACAAGGACUCUUUUCUGCGCGGAGGAUACUACAAGUACCGGCUGCGAAAUGCCACCGCCGUUGUGCUCAACACGAAUCUCUAUUACAAGUACUUGUCUGCCUUGGCUACUCAGAGUUUCUGAAUUCUGAAUAAUUCCAGCGCGAACAAAGCUUAUGUGAACUUUACGAACAAAGUGGAUCCGGCCGAUCAGUUCGCGUUUCUCGAGAACGAACUGAUAAAUGCGGAGAGAUGUCCGAAUAGAAUCGCGGAGAAUUGCACUUCAAUUGUUCAUAUUGUAGCUCAUAUUGGUCCGGGCGGUAAGAUGGUCCCCAGUGGAUCUUUCAAAUCGGUACAUUCAUUUCAGUGUUCGAGAGAUCGCCCAACUUCACCUGGUUCCGUGACGAGUACAAUGAGAGAUUUCUGAAUCUGACCGUUAGAUACGCGAACUCGAUCGGCUGGAUGAUCUUCGGACAUCACCACACCGACACGUUCCAUUUGAUCAAGGAUUCAAAGGAGAACGUCGUGCAGUUGGCAUUGAUGUCCCCCGCGGUCACUCCGUGGUACUCGGAUCUUCCCGGCGCCGGAGCCAACAAUCCGACGUUCAGGGUCUACGAGACGGAUGCCUACAGUAAGAUUGAGGAUAUCAAGUAUGUUGUUUACUACUCGAGUCAAAGAAACUGAACAAUUUCAGAACCUACUACAUCGACUUGAACGAGCUGAACAAGAACGCGACUACUCCGUUCGUCUUCGAGUACUCUUUCAAAGACUCCUAUGGAAUCACUGGGUACGGUGACAGCAGCUCUAUUUGAAUUGAAGAGCUUCCGAACUUUCAGAGAUAUCAACGCGGAUUCAAUGUCUGUCGUGCUGGAUAAACUGAAGACGGACGACAAGUUGUUCAUGAAGUACAUUGAGUUCAACACGGUCUACUGGAGUCCGGUGCUGCCGAUUGGAGAGUACAGGUGAGAGAAGAUCACAUCGCUUGGCUGCACUCGGAAUCGUUUGCAGAGGUGCUCAAUUGUGCUCGAUGGAGUACUCCGACUAUCCCCGAUACUAUUCCUGCCUUGCCACGUACUCCGGAUCAGCUCCAGGAGCCUCCUUCCAAAUCCCAAUCUUCUCUCUGCUCGCCAUCUUCUAUUCCGAAUUUCUCUUGUAA